CUGUCAACGCCUCCGACGUUGACAGAUGGAAGCUCUACGUUUGGAGAAAAAAAACUCGCGUCGCGCUCGUCGCGGAUUAUUUUUUUUUAAUUAUAUAUAAUGAAAGAAAGAAAAACGGAUAGAUAAAAACUUUUUUUUUACGAACGAGGCUUUUAAAUUACAGAGUUUUGUUUUUAACUAAUUUUAUAUAAUGCAUUUUUUAUUUCGAAUAUCGCGUCCACACACGAGAUUGUAAAUUAAUUUUCGAAAAUGUUGAAUAUUUCUGUGAGACCGCGCUUAGGCGAGUUUCUGAAGCAUCUCCAAUAUCUGUGGCGAUACGAAAAGUACAACACAACGAUUGAUGCAGCCAAGACUAGACAAGAGAACAUAGAAGCCAGACAGAAAGAAAUCAUGGCACGUGGACUUCCUAAGCGAAAGCGGAUAAAGGGCGUUAAACAAAUUUUGCUGGUUGCCUCUGGUAAAGGUGGUGUUGGGAAAUCUACAACCGCAGUAAAUUUAGCGACAGCCUUAAAACUUAAUGAACCCAAAAAGUCGAUUGGAUUAUUAGAUGCCGACGUUUUUGGACCGUCUAUACCACUGAUGAUGAAUAUAUAUGAAUCGCCGAUAAUAAAUCAAAAGAAUCUCAUGGAACCUCUUGUAAAUUAUGGCGUGAAAUGUAUGUCAAUGGGAUUUUUAAUUGAUGAGAAAUCACCAGUAGUUUGGAGAGGUCUCAUGGUAAUGAGCGCAUUGGACAAGCUGGUGAAUCAAGUGGCAUGGGGAUCGCUUGACUAUCUUGUAAUUGAUACUCCUCCUGGAACGGGAGACACACAUCUUUCUUUGAUUCAAAACUUCUUUAUUACUGGCGCAUUGCUAGUAACGACACCACAGAAGGUCGCACUAGAAGUGACUAGGAGAGGUGCAAAUAUGUUCAAGAAGUUGGACAUACCUGUAGCUGGUAUCGUGGAGAACAUGAGCACUGUUAUGUGUCCAAAAUGCAUGACUGAGAUUCCUCUCUUUGGCAAUGCCACAUUAUCAUUAGCCAAAGAACUUGGUGUAGAUAUCUUACAAAGGAUACCAAUGCACGAGAGUAUCGCCGAAAGUUCAGAUAAUGGUAAACCAAUUGUUUUAGCAGCUCCAAAGACUAGACAAGCAGAGGCUUAUAGAGAAUUGGCAGAACAUGUUGUUGCAUUUUUGAAUAAGCAAGAAAUACAUGAAGAAUGAAUUUGUACUCAAGUAA